AUGAUCGUCAUGAAUCGCUACUGCUUUCCGGACAGCUCUGGGCUGCUGAAGAGCGCUGCCAACUCUCUCGAGUCAGGCUUGCUGAGCCAGCGCACGGAGCGACUUCUGGAGCAGCUCUCGUCGGUGCCGGCAGCCUGGCCGGUGCUGCUCAUCGCCUUCUUCCUGGCAGUCCUUUUGGGGUACAUGUACCUGGUGGCGCUGCGGCACUGCACGGUGCUGCUGAUCUGGCUUGUGAUGGCGCUUUCGGUUGCCGGCUCUGCCCUCCUCGGCUGCUACCUCUGGGCCAACGCGGGCACUCUCUCGAGGCACCUGCCCAGCGGUGUGGCCCCUCCUGAAGGAUACGGUGACAACGAAGAAUUAGUCACAAAGGUCAUGGCAGCGCUAUGCUGGAUUCUUUGUUGCAUCUGUUGUUGUGUCGCCUGCUGUUUCCGUCAAAGCAUCGAGGCCGCAGUGGAUUGCAUCGAGGAAGCUUGCGAAGCUAUCCAGGAAAUGUCUUCGUUGCUCCUGGCGCCCAUCCUGAAGGAACGCCGCUUUUCUCUCCAGCAGCAACGAAGGGAUCGAGAGAGAGAGAAGGCUCAAGGCCACGAGUGGUUCGAGGAGCCGCCCCCCGCGACCCCACGUCAAAGCCCGGAGCGACCCCACCGUCGGUGGGAACUUAGGACUGGCUGCAGGCCGCGCUGA